AAAACAAAAAGAAGGGGAGAGGGAAGAGAAAGGAAGAAAAAGAAAAGGUUGGAGAAGGCGAAAGGCAAAGAAAGAAGGGGAUUUCAAAACUCGUGAAAAACCAGAGAGAGGGCUUUUCAUCGUUCUCUCUCUUUCUUUCUCCCUCUGCUCGUUUUUCCCACUGAAACCCUAGCGUCGUUUAUUUCAUGUCGUUAUUUUUUUCUCGCACGCAAUCGUGUCGGCAACACCGAACUUCCGGCGCCGGGAAUGGGCCUUGAGCCGCCGCCGGAUAACACUUUGUUGAAUUUAGCUAAGCUAGGGUUUCAGUUGGAUUUCGAAUUCGGAGAUCUCUCUCAACUAAUUUAAUUAACCGAUUAUUAUUAUUAUUUUUCUUAAAAAAGAAGAAGAAGAAAACGACGCGACGUAACCGCCCAGCGAAACCGGGAACCGUUACCGUUACCGGCUGGCGGAUCCCUAUUUUUCUGUCGUUUGAAUUGCGAUGAUGGCCGCGAGGGGAGGGCAGUGCUUGGAGAAGCUUCGGAGGUUUGUUCGGACGGUAUUCUUCGUGGCGGCAUUGGUGGCGUCGCUGCUUGUGACGUCGCUGCCGGUGCUCGUCGCCGUUGUGGACGUGCUCGUCCCUUGCGUUUUGAUUUCGAGCUUCUCAUGCGUCAAGUGCUACGGCUUCAAGGAGCAUUUACGACGUUACGCUUUCAAGAGCUCCUUGACGGAUAUUCCUCUCGUUUCGGUCAUAAGAUCCUUCAUCAUUAUCUGUGUUUAUUCCAUUUGUGAUGGUCCUGCUCUAUCACAUGGUCCUUACCUUGGAACUGUGACUCUGUCUUCCUUUGUUUCAAUUGUUCUCCUUUCAGUCAAAGCUUGUGUUUUCACUGUAAAUUCCCAGAUUGAAGCAGAAGCUACGGUUUCCCCUACAAGGCAGAGACUUCAUUUAAAGAAGUCAUGGGGAAUGCCUGUCUUGUUCCUCUCGUCAGUUGCGUUUGCUCUAGGCCAUAUUGUGGUUGCCUACAGAACCAGCUUUAGAGCAAGGAGGAAACUCAUGUUUCAUCGAGUUGACCCUGAAGCGGUCCUUUCAUGCAAAAAUGUUUUUACUGGCUAUCAGAAGGUCCCUCGGUCUCCUGUUCCCUCUGAGGGGAGAACCCCAAAAAGUGACAGUGAAAUGAAAAGGAGGCCUUUUGGAGCAGCUCAUGAUGAAGAACUGCCAAUCAGAAUACUUGCAGACCCGGAGAGCUUAUUCAUCCCCUGCCAAGGUCUUACUCUCCAUUACAAGCUCAGCCUACCUGGUUCACCUCCACUUAACAUAUCCUCAGCAUUUUGCUCCACUUCAUCAAUGGCUGGGGGGUUGUCAAAAUUAAAUAGACAAUUGACUUUUAUACCUCCAAAAGUCCAUCAGCAACUCUACAGGAGCUAUAGCAAUCAAUUCCAUGGCUCAUCUUUGUAUGCUCCUCUUUUAGAUGGUCCAGUAACUUCUCCCCAUCUUACUGAAGAUAUCCCUGUUUUGCAUCUAGAUGAAAUUCAUGAAGAUGAGGAAACAUAUAAAUCAGAGUUGGAGAAAAAUUCAGAGGACAUUGGCCAAGUAGGUAUUGUUUUAAUACAUGGGUUUGGUGGAGGUGUCUUCUCUUGGCGACAUGUAAUGGGACCUCUAGCUCGGCAGAGUAAUUGCACAGUUGCUGCAUUUGAUAGGCCUGGUUGGGGAUUGACUUCAAGACUGAGUCAGGAGGACUGGGAGAAAAAAGAACUGCCUAAUCCUUAUAAACUUGAAAGUCAGGUUGAUCUGCUUUUGUCUUUCUGUUCCGAGAUUGGAUUUUCUUCAGUUGUGCUAAUUGGUCAUGAUGAUGGAGGGUUGCUUGCUCUGAUGGCUGCACAGAGGGUUCAAACAUCAAUGAAUUCUUUCAAUGUUACAGUGAAAGGGGUUGUAUUGUUAAAUGUUAGCUUGUCAAGGGAAGUAGUUCCAUCCUUUGCUAGAAUCCUUCUGCAUACUUCACUUGGAAAGAAACAUUUGGUUCGUCCACUACUAAGAACAGAAAUCACCCACGUGGUGAAUCGGCGUUCGUGGUAUGAUGCUACCAAACUGACAACAGAAGUUUUGACUCUAUAUAAGGCUCCACUAUAUGUAGAAGGAUGGGAUGAAGCACUGCACGAGAUUGGUAAAUUGUCAUCGGAAACCUUCCUUUCUGCAAUAAAUGCAGACUUGUUGCUACAAGCUGUAAAAGACAUUCCCGUGUUGGUCAUAGCCGGUGCUGAAGAUUCACUUGUCUCAAUGAAAUAUUGUCAAGCAAUGGCCUGCAAAUUUGUAAAUUCUAGACUGGUUGCAAUAUCCGGAUGUGGCCAUCUACCCCACGAGGAGUGUCCAAAGGCGUUGCUUGAGGCUAUAUCACCCUUCAUUAAUAAACUCUUCUUCUCUGUAUAUAAGUCGCAAAGCAAAUAGGUCAUCCCUUUUCAAGUUUAUACGUAGGUCAAUCAAUCUAUGAUUGUAGGGCGCUCUGUUUUCCCUCCUCCUCUUAUCCUUUUUCUUGGCUUCCUCUUUCCUUUCUUUCUAAACAAAAACAUUACUUCCAAGAGAAAGAGAUCAAAGGCAUCGUCUUUUUUCUCUUGGGUGUUUUUGAUGAGCCUUUAGGUGUUUUAAUCUGUAUCUUUCCUCAACCCACUUUCUUUUCUACCUGUUGAUAUUUAUGCUCAUUUGAGCUGCUUGUCAUUUCCCACUAAAAGAAAGCGGGAAGAUGAGUAGAUAACAUUUGUAAAUUUAAUUUAUCGUCAGGUUGAUAAUGAAUGAAUAUAAUGUAGCAUGAUUGUUUCCAGCUA